CUGGGCAGGGAGUGCCUCCGGCGCUGCUGGGCGGGCCGCGCCGCGCCGAUCUCCUCCCCCGCCAGCGGCCGGGCGGCACCAUGCUGGGCCUCAUCCGCAACUCCCUGUUCGGGACGGUGGAAACGUGGCCCUGGCGCGUCCUGGGCACGGGGCAGACGGAAGAGGUAACAUAUGAAGAAAGGGCGUGUGAAGGUGGAAAGUUUGCUGUGGUGGAGGUAACUGGGAAACAAUUUGACGAGGCCUCCAAGGAAGCUGUGCUCAAGCUCCUGAAGUAUGUUGGAGGAACCAAUGACAAGGGGGUAGGAAUGGGCAUGACUGCACCAGUUUCCAUCACUGCCUUUCCUGCUGAGGAUGGCUCUUUACAGCAGAAAGUGAAAGUCUUGCUCCGGAUUCCAAGCCAAUAUCAGGCCAACCCUCCUCAUCCUAGUGAUGAAAGCAUUACGAUUGAAGAGAGGGAAGAAAUGACCAUCUACUCCACGCAGUUUGGUGGUUAUGCCAAGGAAGCGGAUUAUGUGAAUUUUGCUGCCAAGUUGAAGUCUGCUUUGGGGAGUGAGGCUACCUAUUGCAAAGCCUUCUACUUCUGUAAUGGCUACGACCCACCAAUGAAACCUUAUGGGCGGCGGAAUGAGGUCUGGUUUCUGAAAGAAUGAAUGGCUGGCUCACUGAAGUGCAGGCAUGUGCCAGUGUCAUCUUCUGCUCAAGUCCCUGUCCUGUUCCAAACAAACCUACAGAACAAAAGGGAGCAGGGGUUGGGGAAGGGGAAAUGUCACACCUCUUGGGGUCUCAAUCACUGUAAAAAAGUUGUUUCUAAAAUAAUACAUUGUGAAAUGCCUUACCAAGCCUUCUACGUAGGCUUAGUUGUUCCUUCCUUCCAGACCUGUCUCAGAUACUUGUGCUCUAUCCUUUUUGGAAGGGUUUCUUCCUUCUCACUUAUACUCACUGGAGUGAUGAUACAGCUGCACCAAAAUCCUUAUAAUGUAAUGGCUGUUACAUCCUGUCCUGGUGCAGGGACAUCUAUAUGCUAUUUUUGAGUGAAUUUUUCUAUCUGUUCUAUUCUGCGGAGUCAAAAGGGACCAAAUUGCUGCUACUGAGACACUGGACAUUGAAGAUAGCUAUCAUUUCUUUUUUGCUGGUGGUGCACAGGAGCACAACAUGUCUAUAAUCUGAUUCAGAAACUUUCUUUGGUGGAAAAUCCAGGCUUAUUUUUACAGCUGUUUUUCUACCUGAGAAAGAGAGCAUUUCACUGCAAGAUACUCAACCACUGUAUUUAGCCACCUGAUAAUGUGUGGUCUAACCUUGUGAUUAAUUGUUUAUUCUCUUGCUUGUUUACAAUAUGCUGUCUCUAAAAAGUUGGCCAUAACAGUGAAAUGUGCAUUAGCUCAAAUGUGUAAUCAACUCUAACUGACUUCAGUGGCAGCUGUUGUGCAUGUAGGCCUUUUGAAAAUCCAGCCUCCAAUUAUUUGUCUGAUAGUCAAAAGAGAUGCAUGCAGCAGUUCCCAAGAGCUUCUUGGUGCUUGGCUUUAUUGAAAAUAUAGAUUUAGGUUUCUAAUUUUAGGGAUCCACUUUUAAAACUCUUGAAAUUUGUUUGUAAGGGAGUAACCAGUUGUGUGAAUGCUAUAUUUUUUUUUAACUGAUAAGUAUUAGCUGUCAGCAGUCCUGCCAAAGUUGGAAGGUUGGAAAGUGUGUCAGACUGACACAUGCAUGUGCUUACCUGGGUGUUUCUAAGGUUUUGCUAACUCGAAGAGAUACAUUCUUAAAAUAUCAUAAUGCCUGUAUGUUCAACAAUUCUUGCCAAAAGGAAUGGCUUCUUCCUUUAAAGUCAGAGGAGAAGCAGGGUAGAUGGAAGUCAUUCUUUGCCCAUGAAGCAUCUUGUGGGGGUGGUUGUGGUAGGGUCAAGUGAUCUCUUUUUGAGAUGAAAGCUUUCAGCAGAAAAGCAAAAAGGCCUGAAGUUCUGGUCUUUCUCCCACUGAAGUCUAAAAAGAUCUGUGUCACAGACUUCAGUGAGGGGAAGGGUCAUCUUAGAGGAAGAUCAGUUGGCUCUGCUAGGUAAAAAAAAAAGUAUAUCUAAAUAAUGUGGAAAGAAGAAAAGCUAGAGAUGGACUGAUAGCUUUAGUAAUAGUAAAGUACCAUUGCUGAAGGGGAGAUGGACCACAGUGAAAUUGAAGAGGUGGAUAAAGAAGUAGUAUAAUUCAAAAGGAGCAGAGGUCCUUUAAGCAACAGGUGAUACCUGUGAGAGAAUUCUUCAUUGCUGGUGCAUACAUACAUCAAGGGUUAGGAUAGGAAGGUUUGGGUACAUCAUGUUUUCUGAAUUCCAGGAUUUUAUUUUGGGACUCUGGCUAUAGGGCAUGAGUGUACUACAGUAAUGUCAAGCCACACCUGAUGAAUUCUAGAACAUUAGAGGCUAAUAAUAAAUAUGAUGUAACUAAAUCAAGUUCUGGGUUUCAGCAACACACCCGAGAUUGAAGGGUACACAGCCCUGAUAAGCAACCUUUUAACAUUAAAAAGUCAUAGGUAUGGAGUCCACAAGCAUUGCCUCUGUGAUCUUACUAAGGGUCAGAUUUCAAUGCCCUUUGGUGCAACAAAUAAGACUUUAUUCCAUAGAUAAUACCAAUGACUUCAAAGAGUUUUGAGUUGAAUAGCACCCUGCUGUUUGAACAAGCAUACCUAAACUCUACUUUUUUGUAUGAAACAGCAUUGAAACCUGACUUUUUAAAACUGUAAAUUGCAAUUUCCUGGCUUGAUCAAAGGAUGUGUGAGCUCAAUGGGAGCUGUUGACUGCUUUUUCCUUUUGAAAAUGGGGUUGUUGAUUUAAAAACUUUGCCUCUGUUUUUUGUUUGGGAUAUAGAUCAUGCCAUGAUAGCUUUAUUUAGCCACAGUCUUUUUUCUAAAUAAAGAGUUGUUUGGCAUAUC